GUGGCCAGCAGCUGUGCAUUUUGGCGCACAAAACAGAAACAAAAAUAGCAAUGCUUGAAACAACCCGCGCUUAAAAAAUGACUUUGAACAUACGCGCCAGUGACUCCAGAAAUCUCACGUGUGGGUUCAGCAGGCCACGCAUCUGCACAAAUACGGUUACACGUUUUCGAACAUGAACAAAUCUCGUGUACCGAAAUACGGCCAUUGUGGACAUUAGUUUGGAAAUAAGUAAUAACUUGUCUGAGCGUCAAACAGCAGCAUAAAAUGAAUGGAAAACUCAUACCGGACACUCCCAUAGCCGUUGACUUUUGGCAGCUCCGUAAGUGCCAAGGUGUGCGUCUGUUUUUCCUGUCCCACAUGCACGCGGAUCACACCUCUGGCCUGUCGUCCACAUGGAGUUACAGACCCAUCUACUGCUCUCCCCUCACUGCUAAGCUCCUCAAACUUAAACUGCAGGUGAAAGAGAAAUGGAUUCGUCCUUUGGAGGUUGGGGAAGCCCACAUGUUGUUGUUGGAUGAUCUCGGGAAAGAACGAAUGACUGUUACUCUAAUAGAUGCCAACCAUUGUCCUGGGGCAGUUAUGUUUCUGUUCCAGGGAUACUUCGGCACCAUUCUCUACACCGGUGACUUUCGUUAUACUCCAUCUAUGUUACGUGAGGAGUGUCUGAGGAACAACACCACUAUUGGUGUGCUAUAUCUGGACAACACAAACUGUGACCCCACUCGAGCUGUCCCGUCUCGCAACCUAGCCACUCAGCAAAUUAAAGAGAUCAUCAGAGCUCAUCCUGGGUACACCGUUGUUAUUGGACUUUACUCUCUGGGUAAAGAGUCUCUCCUUGUGAAGCUGGCUAUGGAGUUUAAAACAUGGGUGGAGGUGGAUGUGGAGCGUUUGGAAACCCUGCGAGUUCUGGAACUCCCCGACGUUUUUACCACUGAGCGCGGCGCGGGCCGCAUUCGUGUAGUGAGCCAGUCUGAGAUCAACGCCUCCAACCUGCUGGCGUGGAAUAAGGAGCAACCCACCAUAGCUAUACUGCCCACUAGCCGCCCCAUGGUCUCCUCCCACCCUAAUGUCCAUGUGGUGCCUUACUCUGACCAUUCCUCCUACCAGGAGCUGGAGGACUUCGUGUCCGCACUGCAUCCUGUCUCUCUUGUGCCUAUCGUGGGGAACUGCUUGCCAUACUUCUCCUCCCAUCUGAGCCCCCGUAAGAAGCGCGAAGCUGUGAUCAUCCCAGAGUCAGUCCAACGUUGCAUGAUGAAUGAGACUAACAUUCUUGCCUCAGCAAACAGCACAUCAAACAUGUUUCAACGAACCUCUCGCCCACGGGGGGUGGUGUUUGAUUCUCCAGGGUCACAAACAAGCCACCUUGCUUGUGAUGGACGAUCAGAUCAUACAGAUGCUGACACAAACUCUGAGAUGGAUGAAGAGACUGACUGCAUCCUUGUAGAUAUGAGCCCUGACUCAUUCCGUCGAGAGAACGGCCACCAGAGCAAACGCCUGAAACUCGUCCGGGUCGCAUCAGAUGAUGUUGUCACGAUUGGCAGCAGCCUUCCUCCCGAUGACAAUGAAUCUGUUAAUUCACUUAAACAUGCAAGAUCACCUGAUUCCAACUGCACGUACGAACGUGAGCGUGAGUGCACGCCUGCUUCAAAGAAGAGCCCUCAAAUGGGCAGCACCAAUUCUAGAGAGACAUGUUUUUCUAUGGACAGUAUCAGGAUCCACGACCGGGCCUGUGUUGCUGCCGAGGCCCCCUUGACCACCUUUACCUUGGAGAGAGAGCAUAUUGAGCAGUGGCUCAUCAGUAACUUCACAGCACCUGCUGAGGAACUCAAGGGUGAGCAGGUGUUGCGGGGCCUGGAUGAGUUUCGGCUCACUCCAGUCGAUCGUCCUAAACAAGUAGGCGAUCCCCUGGAAGAACCAAUAAAGAUGCCUUAAUAGACAUUUUUGGGAUUAAACAAGCACUUUUAAGCAGGUAUGCAUGCAAACAAGCUGAAACACUUCAUUUUUACUUUAAAAAUAUAAAUCUGUUAUUUCAUCAUGUAGUCUUUUGUUAAUAAACAACAGUAUUGUUU